AUGGAUCAUUAUUCGCCAGAAUUCAUCGAGGAUGAGCCGCUCGAUUUAAGCAUAAAACCACGCGCUAACAAACCAGCCAAUGAGAAGCAGGCUAGUGCGGUAUGUCUGGCCAAAGCCUAUGAUUAUGGCAGCCAUUCUAAACAUUUCCAUGAUCAGAGGGAAACUCAGAGUGCUCCAGUAAUUCGCUAUGAAACUGGCAAUUCGGGAAUAGAAACUAGACCUAGGACGUACGAUAAUCACAGAUAUUCAGCAUUCUCAGUGAAAGCCCGUAUUCUCAGGGACUGUGAAAGUUACAAAGAAAAAUAUAGUAUACCGGAUAAUAAUCAAAUCAAUACAUCAUACCACCGCCAUAGCCCUCCCAAAACUUCAUACAGUGCUUAUCCUAAUACUAUUGGAAAUAUACAUCAUGCCACAGAUCAUUCACUGCACGCACCUCCGCCAAGGAACCAAUCAACGACGGCAUAUUCGUAUCCCAGUAACGAAAAGCCGGAAGGUAGAUUUGACGUCGGAUAUCUCAGCCAAUCAGAUUGCCCAACUCGUACUAGUCUCAUGGAUUUCUUUAACGAUUCUAUAGAGGUUGGAUUAAGAAAAGAUAAACCUAGCGGAGAUAACCCUGCUCGUUUAAAACGAGAAUAUGUUGAAUCUAUGGAUGAAUCUCGCUACAGCCCGUCUGAUUCUAAACGGCAUAAACCAGAGGGCAGACCUGUGAUUCGCCAGUUCAAUUCUCCAUUGGUAGUCGACAAGAAAGAUCAAAUCACACAACAGGAAAAGAUUGAUGUAGUUGGCAUGAAUGAACCUGAAUCUUCAAAUUUGAGAAAUAGUUCGCCCGUAGCUACUGAACCAAAAGAGAACUGUAACACGUCUAAUGAUAAAACUCAGGAACAAUUCAAACAAAAUAUUUCUCUUCCACCGCGGAAAAAAUCUGGAUCGAAAGUUUUAGAUUUGGAUUAUAUGAUCUCGAAGGUAUUACUGGACCGUGGGGAUAUUCCUAAUGCUCAAAGAGCGCAACCACACUCUAUUAAAAGAAUAUAUUGUGGGGAAGGGAAGGGACAGCUGAAACUAAUAGAUUUAAUUGAGCUUCAAGUCGAAGAAAGUUUAAAAGCUUAAAGUCGCUUCACCACAGUUCUACGAUGGUUUUAAAUGGAAAAGUGCUUCAGUUUACCAUGACGAAUGGAAACGUUUCUUGUAUGAAGACAUGUAGUCUCGAUGUCGUAAGAGGUUAUUGUCCACGUUUGAUGUAAUUGCCAUUUAAGUAAAACAGCCGAAAAGGUUGUAACAAGCACUUCUCAUUAUUGAGUGAUAUCGUGAAGUGAAUAAGAUAGAGCUAGUCUUUCUGUGAACUCAAUUCCAUAAAAGACGUCACGGUAACUUAUUGCUCUAUGCUUUCGACACGUGUUUCUGAUAUGAAUUCACCAUCAGGACAGCUGGUGAGACAAUGCAAUUUCCUUUAUUAGGACUUUGAAGUAUGGGCAUCUUGAGCAAAAUCACUGACAAGAGCGAUUUGACUUAUUUCCUUACUAUAGGGCAGUUAUCUGAAAAUUUUUCGCUAUGGCAGUAUGGUAAUGUGAAUGUGACCGUAGAAGUAAAACUACCAUGUCGUACACGCGUCCAGCGUUGUUACGGCCAUUGUGUUAAGUCUAGAUUCUGUAGGAGUGUUUAAACCUCGUUGUAUAAGAAAGACUACAGUGUAGACGUUGGACACGUUAACAGAUGCGUACACGUACACUGUAAAGUGUUAUAUGAGUAAAGAUACAAAAUUUGGGUGGCAACUGUGCUGCCGGAUAACCGUUGUUUGAGGCAGUAUAAUUAUCUGUAAACGUCCAUUGAUCUUAUGAUAAACACACUUGAUGUUCUCUGCCAAGUGAACAUAAGUAUCUUGAUUGUUUCUAUCUAAAGAAAAUGUUACAGAUGGUUUUCUGGUGGUUGUUUCGACCAAUAUAUUUUGUGUUUUGAAAGAAAUGGCUGAAGGUUUCUUACUGUUUCGGGAUGUGAUGAUCCGAGGCUAGGGAGUUCAAGGUCGUAUCAGCAGUAUUACUAAACUCAAUCAAUAAAUUUACAUUUUGCACAUAUGUUUGCAAUUGAUCAUUUUUUGUGGGGUUCAAGGCCAUUCAAUGCAUCAACUAUUUUAAUUGUAUUUAGUCAUUUGGAAUACAAAAUAGACCAAGUUUAUGGUAAACGAACACUGUAUUUACAGCCUAUCGUCAUGUAUUCCCCCAUCCCUUCGCCGCCAUCCCGUCAAUAGUAAGAAACCAGAUUAACAGUGUAGACCUGCUUUAAGUUUGUGUAGUAGAUAAUUUAUGUUAUUGACUUAUUUUCCACAAUUGAAAAUAUUCUAUAUAUGUUAUAAUUUAAUAUAUUGAAAUAAAUGAUAAAAUAUUGCCG